ACACUGCUCCAUUUCCACACCACUUUGUAUUCCUUAUGCAGUAAGAAACUAUCUGCUUCAGUAAAAAGAUCCAGUUCCUGACCAGACUUUCUGCAUUCAUUCAGUAAUGCUACAUGGUUGUUUCGAAAGAGAAGUAUUAAACAGAGACAUACUGGGAUCCAGCCCAGGAUACAGGGAGAAGUCACCAGAUAUUCACCAUGGAGAGAAUGUCCUUGAAGGAGAGGAUGGGGGCACAGCUGAUGAAGGAGCUGAACCUGAACCCUAAAACGCCAAAAAACACACAAAAAGCAGUCAAGGGAUUCACUGACUUUAUACAGAACAUGGAGACAGAGGAGACCAACAGUUACAAUAACGAAGAAAUGUUGCUGGAGCUAGAGAAGGAAUACAUUGAAGCAGCAAAGAUAAAUGAUGUACAGACCAUGAAGAUUCUGGGAAGGGCAGUCAAGGUUGACGCAAAGAACUUGCAUGAUCGCACUGCCCUGCACUAUGCAGUUGCUGGAAAAAACAUAGAGGCCGUCCAAGUCCUUCUCCAGCGCAGAGCAAACCUCAAUCAAGAGGACAAGCAUGGAGUGACAGCCAUCCACCUGGCUGCCUGGUUUGGGAGUCUGCCCAUCCUGAAGUUGCUUGUGCAGGGUGGUGCUGAUCAGAAGGUUGAGAAUGCGCUGGGAAUGAACAUCAUGCACUGUGCUGCCAUCAACAACCACACUGACAUAAUGACAUUCAUCAUCUACGACCUGAUGAUGAAAGAGCUGGACAAAGAGGACCUGUCUGGACACAGAGCGUUUGCUUUGGCAGCAGAGCAUGGCUCUGUGGAGAUGCUGCAGAUGUUGAUGGAGGAGGCAUACAAUAUGGCCACCAUGGAGGAAGACCAGAAUAGGAACACACCUCUGCAUUUGGCUGCCGGCAAUGGCCACUUGGAUGUCGUCCAGCUACUGCUGAAGAGCUUUGAAACUCGCAAUGAAGUCAAUACGGCUGGGGAGACGGCUCUAUACCUGGCUGCUGGCGCUGCCCAUGAGGACUGCGUCCAGGCUCUGUUGGAGGCAGGCUGUGACCCAAACAUUGUCACCAUGGACCAAAGCAGUGCUCUACACCCUGUCUCAGAGAAGGGCCACACAUCGUUGGUGAGACUCCUCAUAGAGAACUCGGCCCAGGUGGACUUACAAAACCAGCACCUCCAGGCUCCUCUCUACCUGGCAGUGAAGAACUGUCACAUCCCUGUCAUCCACACACUACUCGAGGCUGGCUGCAACAUCAACGUCACUGAUCACAGGUCCCAGACUGUCCUGCAUGUCGCUGCAGAGCUGGCCAGAGUGGACAUUGUUGAGAUGCUUCUGAAAGCUGGGAUGGACCUAGUCCUCCAAGACAAGCAGGGUAAGACAGCACUGGGUGUGGCAGCCCGAGCAGACGAGGUCAUCAUCGUUGACAUGAUCAUCAAGGCAGAGAGAUAUUUGACAUGGAGGAUGGCCGACACUGAGCUUAAUGAGAACCUUCACAGCCAGACUCCGCUGACGUAUAAAUUAGACCACCGCACGGAGAGCAAACAGACCCGCAGCACUGCCUGGCACCUGGCCUACCGCCUGCUGAAGCCAGGUGACUGGAAGAGGCUGGCGCUGCACUGGCAUUUCACUGAGCAGCAGGUGGCUGCCAUCGAGGAGCAGUGGACAGGGCAGCAAAGCUACCAGGAACAUGGGAACAGGAUGCUGUUGAUCUGGCUUCAUGGGGUAGAGCUGGCCCAAAGGAGCCCUGCUAAAGAGCUGUACCAGGGCCUGCUUGCUAUAGGCAACAAGUCUAUAGCAGAUAAAAUACGAAUGGACACAGAGGAAGGAGACAUGAAGAAAUGCAUCCUUUCAUAAAGGUGAAGAAAACGACAUAGGUGUGCUUGAGUCAACAAGAUUAUUUUUUCCCCAAAGCAUUUGUGUGGUUAUUUUUCAAUUGAUAUUUAGAUUCUUACAUGUUUUACUCGGGGAACAUUUUUGUACACAGCCUUGUGCACUUGCUCGAUGUCUACUAUAGUGGCCACUAUAAUAGAGCAAAAAUAGAAUGCCUGUUUUUCAAUCAAAUUUGAUUAGUUCCAUGCGCCGAAGACAACAGGUGUAGCAGUAAAAUGCUUACUUACGAGCCCCGAACCUGCAAUGCAGUUUCAAAAAAUACUCAUAAGAAUAAGAGAAACAAGUAAUUCUAUUUCUACUUUGUUUUUCCCCCAAAUUGCAAUAUGUAGAUGUGUGUGUGUGUGGUCACAACCAUUCUAUUAUAAAGGCUGUCGUGGCUAA